GAAUUUAUUAUCAUUAUCUUGGCAACGAAAAGUCCACUAUACUGUAUCGUAUUUGAAAGCACGUGGGUGUCAACAGUCGUGUCAUUGUCAACGGAAAAGUAUGAAUAGGUCGGUGAUUAACCCCUUCUUCCGUUUGUCUGUGUUUCGCGUGUGCUCAGACGAUGUGACGCGAUGCUACGUAAUGCGCUCGUGUAGAGCGACGUGGGGCGACAUCCUUGAGCAUACGUUCUGCGAAUUUAGUCGAGUUUAGUGCUGGCUCGACUCGACACUCGACAGAGAGAGAGAGAGAUGCCUGAGCAGGAUGUGAUUAGCGAUCAGUAUCCAACGUGGAUCGGCCUCGUGUACAUCUUCAAUCUCAUCGUUGGAACAGGCGCUCUGACUUUACCCGCUGUAUUUAGUCGAGCAGGAUGGGCACUUGGAUUAAGCGUCAUUUUAGUUUUGGCUUUUAUCAGUUUUGUCACGGUUACAUUUGUCAUAGAAGCAAUGGCAUCUGCCAAUGCUAUUGUUACGUGGAGGCGUAUCCAGCAUCGGAAACGUGUAAGUGUUUUCCAUCAUGUUUACCUUUCUAUUCAAGCUUUCAUUAAACACAUGAAAUACUCGCAGCAGGUUUUACAGGCGAUAGGUGAAUCUGCUCCUUCCAAUUCAGAUUCGGAGGACACUCCGUUGGUAGCUUCUCUUCCGACCAGUCCGGAUAUGGCUGGUAGAUAUUAUGUCAUUCACGAGAAAAUUGAGAUGGGACAGAUGGCAUCCAUCUUUUUCAAUAGAUUUGGCAUUACCCUCUUCUAUUUGUGUUUCGCCGUAUAUCUAUAUGGCGAUUUAAGCAUUUAUGGCGCAGCAGUAGCAAAGUCAUUAGCUGACGUCGCCUGCACUUACUUGCCAAGAAAUCUUACGUGCAACGAUACCAUACCAGACACUGAAUUUUGCUGGGAAGGCUCCACGUUUAAUCGACUGGAUGCAUACAGAAUAUUUGUGACCAUGUUUGUAGUAUCGUUGGGCCCGUUUGUAUUUUUCAAUGUCCAAAAGACCAAGUAUCUUCAAUUGGUGACGUCGAUAAUGCGAUGGCUCGCAUUCACUAUAAUGAUUGCGUACGCUUUAAAAAAUCUUAUUGUCUACGGCCCCCGUGGCGAUCCACCUGUCGCGAGUCUAGCCGGAAUUCCCAGUCUUUUCGGUGCUUGCGUCUACUCCUUCAUGUGUCAUCAUUCGUUACCGGCGUUGGUUGCACCAAUAGCUAACAAAUCGAGACUCAAUCGAUUUCUAGCUCUCGAUUACACUCUAAUCGCUCUCUUUUAUUUACUAUUGGCUCUAACUGGCAUCUUUGCCUUUGAGCGUUUGGAUGACCUUUAUACCUUGGACUUUGGACCACGCGGCUUGGCUGACUGUUCCAAGAGUGACAAUAUUUUCAUGCUACUUAUCGAGUAUUUCCUAGCCCUCUUCCCAGUCUUUACUUUGAGUACCAGUUUUCCCAUUAUAGCGAUUACUCUCCGAAAUAAUUUGCAGUCGCUUUUUCUUCAAGAGGACGCAUCUUACAAUUUAUGUCUUCGGAAACUCGUCUUCCCCAUCUUGGCGGUAGUACCACCGUACCUGAUCGCGAUGACUACCAAAGAUCUAUCGAUAUUAGUUGGUAUCACAGGCUCGUACGCUGGUGCAGGAAUACAGUAUUUAAUACCUACGCUCCUCGUUUAUUACGCUAGGAAGAGGGCCGACAAAGUUAUCGGCCUUGGGGUCGUCAACAAAUUCGCAAGCCCUUUCUCAGGCAGGUGUUGGCUAGCUUUUGUCGUCAUAUGGGCUAUUACCUGUAUGAUUUUAGUCUCGGUCAAUUUCAUGCAAAUUCACUUGCAAUCCUUGCAAUCCUUGCAAUCUUGGUUCGGUCAAUAACAAAUUCUAUCGCAGAGACUAAUACAAAGGCGAUACCAUGUAUCUCCGCUAAAUGGCUAAAAUGCAGACUAAACUCAGUUUGCGAGCCUGUGGAUACAGAGUUAGCAUACGUACGUAUGACAAUACUUUGGCACAAGUCGGCGUGUACAAGUCAAAUAUUAUAUUUAACGUAUAGUUUUAAUAUAUACAGGGACUAUAGGAAUGUAGAGAUUUGUAGGAACAUCUCUCACUUUUUCUCGACAGAUAUGUGUCAUUUCUUCAUCAUACGAAUCUCCGUUCUUGUAUUUACAUUUUUUUUAUGCGCUAAAAUAAUCCCUCAUGUUCGUGUAUUUAUAAUAAAAUAACGUUAGCGUGGUUAUACGAUGGUAGCGGCGAGUAAAAGCAUCAUGUUCUUUUUGAGAUUGUAUUUUUCUACAAGAUACGUAUGAAACUGCCAAAAAGGUAUUUGCAGCAUGUCCGUCAUAUCUGUGUACCUGUGCAAUUGUAGCGUACAAUGAAGAAUGUUGCGGGUGUGCGUACGCACAUACAUAUAUAUAUAUGUAUAUAUUUUUUCCAAAAACAAUUGAAACGGAUAAUAAUAAAUAGUUGAUUAUACAAGUCUUACUUUACCAAUUUAUUCGCACCGGUUUAUAUACACAUACAUACACACACACACACACACACAUUUCUACAUUCUUAUAUUUAUUUCAAACUGACAAUGAGAUCUGCGUGGCACAGAUCUUAACACAGAUAGAUUUCUCUUCAAGAUUUCAACGAUACCAGAUAGCACGAUAAAAGCGCGAUAAAAGCUAUUUUCGAUAAAAUUUCCACCUGAUUGAGUGAAUCAGCGUGGGAAUACAUUACAAUCUCGCCCUUGUUGCAUAGGCACGGUAAAUCUGUAAAAUCUUGAAUAUUACAAAGCAGCUCUAUCUUUACGUAUAUCUGCGACAACGGAUUAUAUCGUACAUAUGUAAUAAUUAUUAUUAAACCAAAAAGGAUCGAUAUUCUCAUUCGUUAUUUAAAAUUACUCGGUGAAAUUAGUUUAAUUAUCGCAAUAAUUUCGUUUUCAAACAAGUUUCGCAAGGGGAAUAUAGGUGCGACUGUGACAUUUGGCAAUUUGAUCGCGAAUGUCGAUUGAAUUUUCAACCGUUAAGUCUGGCGUCAAGUUCAGCAAUUAUAGUGAAGGAAAAAAAGGAAUUAUUGUGAAAGCUCUACGCUAUUCUUUUACAUUGUUUUCUUUCAUGUGGAGUUACCGCAUACAUACGCGUACGAGAAGUGAACACUUUGGAGUGAAGGUAUAUACGCUACUAUUGAUUUAUACCCUGCACGAUUCGGCUACUUGUAUUUACAUAAUAAAUAGCAUUUCUCUCGUG